CGGCUAAGAUGAUUGGCUGAUUGUGAGCAGCAGAUUAGCCGCUUCGCUUGUUGUUGAAACGUUUUGAACCGGAUGUAAAAAAACCAUCGUAUCAAUCCGAAAGGGAUUGUGGGAAUCCAAGUGCAAGAUUCAGUUAUUGGUAACCGUGGCUGUUUUGAGACAAUGUCCGACCGUGACCGCCGAACAUCAGAGCCGGCUGGGCUGGAUGGUUUGCCACCACUGUACAGCAUUGCCAAAGGAGAGGUGGUUUCAGUGCAAACUUAUGGAGCAUUUGUUCGACUGCCGGGAUACAGGAAGGAAGGUCUGGUACAUGUGAGUGAGAUGUCAGCUUCCCGGGUUGAGAACGCUUCAGAAAUUGUGGAUGUGGGAGAACAUGUGUGGAUUAAAGUCAUAGGGAGAGAGAUUCAGGGUGACAAGGUGAAGCUGUCUUUCUCCAUGAAAGCCGUCAAUCAGGGAACAGGGCGGGACUUGGACCCCAACAAUGUUAUGGCAGAGCAGGAUUCAAGGCGGCGUAAGCAGUUUAGAGACCAAACCAGCAACAGGAUCACGCUGGAGGCUGUGCUCAACACAACGUGUUCAAAGUGCGGCUGCAAGGGUCACUUUACAAAGGACUGUUUCUCUGCUCCUGGCCUGCAGUACGCUCUCUUGCCUGAAGAGGACGAUGAAGAGCCACAGCAGCAACCAUCUACAGCCGCACAACAUCAAGAUUCAGACAAAAAGAAGAAAAAGAAGGAAAAGAAAGCAAAGAAGAAGAGUAAGAAAAGGGAGAGGAAGGAGUCUGAGAGCGACAGCAGCAGCAGCAGCAGUGAAUGUAAAUCCAAGAGGAGGCGGCAAGAACACGAGCGUGACAGAGACGACAAGAAGAAGAAGAAACACAAAAAGCACAAAUCGCACAAACACAGCUGAGACAAACACAGGGGGAACGUGGUUGGCAGCAGACUGAGAGAAAGACUUCCAGCUUUAAUAUCUAAACCUUCAUUCACUGUCUGUCAAGUUCAAAACUUGAAGGGAAGCGCUGUAAAUACAAACAUGUGAUAAUCUCCACUUGUCCUGAAGUUACCCCUCCAUAAAGGGAGGAGUCUGCCACACUGUGUAAUCAGAUAGGUGCAAUCGAUAUGGCGGCAAGUGGCUAUCCCUUUCCAAAACCCCGAUAUUGUUUACAGCUGUUUAGGAUCUGAUGCUCUGGGAAAUCCAUUAAACACAAGCGAGAGGGUAAAAAAGGAGAAGGGAGACACACGCGCACGCAUGCACAUACACAGGAAAUAGUUAAGACACAAACAGGAAGUGUAAGGCACCACAAAUGAGCUUAAGAGUAAUGUAAUAACAUGAUAGCCUGAGGUUGUCUGCUGGUUUUGUUUUGUUUUUUUGUCUUUUUGUGUGUGUUUGUGUGUCUCACCUCGAGGAGACGCUUUAAAGUACACCCAGCCGUCUUCCUGCAUGUCCACUGUUUGCUCCAUUAAAACUAUUUUUAUCUGUAAAGGUAACAAA